GAUGGUGGAAAGAUCUCCAACUUCCUUCUGGAAAAAUCUAGGGUGGUGAUGAGGAACCCCGGAGAGCGGAGUUUUCACAUAUUUUACCAGCUCAUUGAAGGUGCCUCCGCAGAGCAGAAGCAUAGCCUUGGCAUCACCAGCAUGGACUACUAUUACUACCUGAGCCUCUCCGGGUCUUACAAGGUUGAUGACAUUGACGACAGGCGGGAGUUUCAGGAAACUCUGCAUGCAAUGAAUGUGAUCGGGAUCUUCGCAGAAGAGCAAACGCUGGUGUUGCAGAUAGUGGCGGGAGUUCUCCACCUAGGAAACAUCAGCUUCAAAGAAGUCGGCAACUACGCAGCAGUGGAGAGUGAAGAGU